AUGGUACAUAUCAACGUAAUACGUAAAUAUACCUCGAAAAGCUUGCAACCUGGCGAAAUCACGAUUAGUUUCUGAAGUUGGAAGACAGUCAGGUGUUGGAAUUAGAUUUUUUUUAUGCCUUUUUAUUUAGCUGGUAAUUCUAGGAUCGAGACAAGGAGGUGUUCUUCCCAGCUUAUGGUGAAGAAGCUGCUUUUCCACGUCGAACUUGGAGUUACGCAUAUGGAGCAGAAGCUCGCUGAGUUUAGAGCCCGAAGACAGGCGGAAAAAGGCAUGAAAAAGUCCGAACCUGCUGCUCCUCAGUCCGGAGAACAGAGAGGAGGAGGGCCUGCUGUUCAGCCUGACAGAAGUCAUCAACCAAAAGAGCCAGAAGCCAGUCGAGAUGCAAGCAGCAGCUCUAAAAACAGGGACUGUAGGGACUGGCUGCUAGACAGUACUCUGGGAAGAUGGUUUGCUUCAAGACAGCUGGUCCUCUCCAACAUUAUGUUGCUCAAAGUGCUGCUCUGGCUGGUUCUGGUGGGUCUUUUUGUUGAACUGCAAUUCGGACUGCCUUUCUUCGUCAUCUCCCUGUUCUACUGGCUCUAUGAAGGACUGCGCAGCCCAGAACCUAGAAAGCCAGGAGAACUGAGUGCUUACUCUGUCUUCAACCCAGACUGUCAGCCUCUCCUUGGCUCACUCACUGCUGAGCAGCUGGAGGGGGAGAUGGGCUACAGACCUCUGGCCAACAGAUAAAGUGCUUGUCACUUCCAUAACUGAAGGGCAUAAUUCAAGAUCUUUCUUGUUUGGAAAAAGGAUUAUGAACUGUAUUUCUUAUAUAUCUAUUGCACAUUAAAUUAACGCUGGCAUACUUAUUAUUUUGUUCCCUUCUAUGCUGCAAUAUUUUAGGAACCUCAGAUGUAAAUGCAUAUAAAACCUUUAUCUACAUUAGUCGUCUCACUGUUUGCCUUUCAAACAUUAAUUACCUUGAUUGCUGAAACUUCCCUAAAUUGGGGACUACUCUUUUUUUUUUUUUUUGGACCACAGUUUGUUUUUAGUUCUGUUUGUUUUAAUUUACAAUGCGUUUUAUUUGCCAAGUUUGUGCUCAUAAACAAGAAGUUUGACUUUGGUUCCUCUUUGGUCUCAGUGUGCAGACAUUUCAAUGUAAACAUGUCAAAUUUGGAGAAAAAUAUUUUUUUUUCUUUUUGUUGUUUUGUUUUGUUUUUUGCAAAUAUGGAAAUGGACUAUUUUUGUCAAAGAAGACGAUGAAUUAUUUAAGUAUUGACCUAUGCACCCUGGGAAAUUAUGUGUCUUAUCCAUCAAUAAAUUAUUCUUUUCAACA